AGAUAACCCUAAUAGCUUGAGAAGCCGCCACGUUGACGACAAAUCAGUGUCGCUUUGUUCUGCAUGGACGAUAAAGCCACUGCUUAUUUGCUGGUAGCGGGCAUGGCGGGUGACGACGAUCGAAGUGGAGCAAAAACAUUUAAGCAUCGUGUUUAACAAUUUAGAUAUUUCUAAAUAAGGAUACGUUCCCUGGUUGUUUGUUGUAGUAUUAAUGCGAUCACCACAUCCAUUAGUACAUCAGAGCUGUAGUCUUCAUAUGCACUUGGUUAUGUCUGUCUUAUUGAUUCUGCCUAUUCCACCACUGCCAAAAUCAGCCAAGCCAUAAAUAGCUUGGCAAAUGAGAAACGUGAUAUGUAAGCCAUGCAGUUGCUUUUUUACAACUACAGUAGCUAUCAUCUAUCUACAAUUGCCACGGGUAGGCAUAAAACAACAGUUAAAAUACGCUGGCGAAUAACUUUUUAUGUUGACUUUUGUAAGGCAAGAGCAUGGCAUCGUAUCUAGUUGUGGAACUGAUGAUAUUGAUAGCAGGUACAUACAAUUCAAACGAAAUGAAAAUAUCAUUUUUGAUGUUGUAUAUACAGCAUGUCUAUUGUGAGAUGUAGUAAUCCGCAAUGAACAGGGGCCAAAAACAAAAAUCAAGUGAUUUGCCGGCAGUGCUUGAAACAAGCCAGUCCCGCUGAGGCUACAUGUGUAACAACAGGCGACAAAUGGAAACAGCCUAUUUUAAAAGCAUUGCGAGUAAUAGCAAAGAAGAUUACUUGACCAGACGACACCUUGAUUAUUUCUGACGCAUUCCUGGAUAGGAUAUCCUUAUUAAUGGCGAAAUCGUUGAGCCGCCCUAUCUAAUAAUUUGCAGAACAUGAAGCUUUAAGAAUUGAUUUUUCAUGACCUUAUUUCGGUGUAUUCUACGGGUCUUAUUUAAGAAAUGUUUUUAUAUCGCUUAUUCUAUGAAGGCAUUUCUAUGCUUUUAUCCGCUACAAGUUUGUACAGCCUUGUUGUCAGAAUAACAGCCCGCGCGCUGCGUUACAACAACAUGAGGUUGGCUCACUUUGUAGAGUUCGGACGAAAGAUAGUGUGCGUUGGGCGAAAUUAUGCGGCGCAUGCGAAGGAGCUCAACAACACCGUCGGCGAGACACCUCUCAUCUUUCUCAAGCCACCUACUGCUUACCUCAUGCAGGGCAACGGUAACAUCGAGCCCCCGCCGGGUUGUUUGGAACUGCACCAUGAAGUUGAGCUUGGUGUCCUAAUCGAGAGGCCCGGCAAGAACAUUCCGGAAGGAGAGGCAAUGCAGCAUGUAGGAGGAUAUACACUAUGUCUGGAUAUGACAGCUCGAGACGUGCAGACCAAGCUUAAGUCACAAGGUGCUCCUUGGGAACUGGCUAAAGCAUUUGAUACGUCUUGUCCAGUUGGGGAUUUUGUGCCGAAAGAAAGUAUUGUUGAUCCACACAAUUUGAACUUGUGGUGCAAGGUGAACGGUAUUAUGAGGCAAAAAGGGAACACCAAGGAUAUGUUUUUUAAAAUUCCACAAAUUGUCGCGUACGUGAGCCGGUAUUUCACAUUGGAGGUCGGAGACCUUAUCCUGACCGGAACCCCUCAAGGUGUAGGACCGGUAAAAUCGGGAGAUACGAUUGAAGCAGGGAUGAAUGCGUUAAUUAUUCCAGGUGGGCCAGAGGUCCCUGAACAAUUGGCGAGGACCCUUAUUUCUAUUUGUUAAAGUAACAGAAAAUACGCAUUAUUGUGAAAAAAGAGUGGAUUUAACAGUGCGUUACUUCUAACGGAGAUACCCUUUAUAACAGGACCAGACUAUUAAAGACCUUUGGCCCAUCCAGUAAAUAAACUGAAAUAUGCCUCUUUUUUUUGUCAAUCAUUAAAGACCGUAUCUUGGAUCUUUUUUUUGGUGUUACGAACACGUUGACGUGAAUUAGCAUAUUUCAGGCUUAGUUUCUAAAUGCAGUGGCUGUAAACUGGACACUUAAGGCACAUGCUUAGCAAAUUGCUGCACAAAGAUUUUGGCAAAUAAAAUCAAUGAAUCAAUCAAGAUUGUAAGGUAGAAACAUUAAAAGGCCCCAGAGAGGGCACUAGGCACUCUGAAAAAUCACGAGGAACGCCGAGGAACUUUGACGGCGCGAUAGCCCCUAUUAGCUGCUAAGUAUGUGAAACCUUGAGUAGCUGCUGAGCAUGGUUUUCUGCAUGGUCACAAAACUGCCAAAGAUACCGUAGUACGACACGGUAUCAAAUAUGCGGUAUGCAUACCGCAUAAGGACCGCAAAUUAUUUUCAAAGCUUUUGCAUCUUAUAUCAUAUCAUCUUACCAUAUUUUCAUCAUGUUAUAUCAUCAACAUUUUAGGCUAUAGAUGCAUAAUUAGAUGGCUUGCUACCAGUAUUUAGGCCUAUUGAACUCAACUAUCAUUUUAGCACUUUCCCAAAAUAAUAUCAAUAUAACUGAGACGAAUACGAGAUGCAUUGGUUUAUACAUAAGACCAGAUAACAUUUUUUUGAGCGUCCCGUUUUCUACCGUUGGCACAUCGAUAUUAAUUAUUACCACAAAUUCAAGAUACAUAUAUGUUCGGCACCAUACAGCAGUUAUCAACAAAAUACGCCUAGAAGAAUGAAAGAAAUCAUUGUAAUUGACCGUGUCUUGAAUCGCGUCCUAUUUUGCUCUUUAUACAGGCUUCGUGCAAGAUCUUCACCAUAUUUCUACUUUCUCUUGGGCAGCUCGUUACCUCAAUGCUACUUCCAGGAACCCCCCACGUGCCUCAAACAAAGUGUCUUCAUCGUCGUCGUCUUUUCCCAGUGGCUGAAGCUCUUGGUCCUUCCAUCGUCGACGAACUCCGUAUCGCUCAGCGCGCACCGUC